UCUCUCCAGCAGAGAGAGACCAUGGGCAAGAUCAUUUUUUACGAGGACAAGAACUUCCAGGGUCGGAGAUAUGAGUGCAGCAACGACUGCACGGACCUUCACUUGUACUUCAGCCGCUGCAACUCCAUCCGGGUGGAGAGCGGCUGCUUCAUGAUCUACGAGCGACCCAACUUCAUGGGUCACCAGUACUUGAUGAGGAGGGGGGAGUACCCGGACUACCAGAGGUGGAUGGGCUUCAGCAGCAGCAUCCGCUCCUGCCGGGUGAUUCCAGCGUACCGAGGCUCCUACAGAUUGCGCAUCUACGAGAAGCCCGACUUCAGCGGCCACAUGAUGGAGUUCAUGGAUGACUGUCCCUGUGUGUCUGACCGUUUCCACCACCGCCAUGUCUACUCGUGUAAUGUUAUGAACGGCUACUGGGUCUUCUACGAGUACCCCAACUACCGAGGCAGACAGUACUUUCUGAAAACUGGAGAGUACCGGAGGUACCGGGACUGGUGUGCCACCUGCGCCAUCGUUGGAUCCUUCAGGAGAGUCACCGAAUUUUAGCCAUCAAGCCAAACCUUGUUGUAAAUAUCAAGCACUAUGUUUAUUAACAUGUACAAUUUUAAUUAACUUUGUGAAGGGUUUUUUGAUAAGUUUAUGAUUUGCAAUAAAAACACAAAAACUUCUGACUUUUUCUGCUAAAAAUCUUUAAAAAUUCAGUGAGAUGAGUUUUUUUUUAAUACUUUGUAAAUAAUGUAAAUAAGAAACAAAAAGUGGUUUUAUUUUACUGUGGGGGUUAACAUGUACAUAACAAAUUGCAGUCAUCACUGUUCAAUGCUAAUAAAGUAUCUGGACCAGAGCAA